AUGAAAAUCACCGACGCAUCUAUGGAGAUAUACCGCUGGGACCGCCCCGUUCCCAUUCGCAACGGGAUGUACACAUACCCUACGGUCGCGCUCAACCUCAUCAAACUGGAGACCGACGAGGGCAUCACAGGCUACGGCUACAUGGGCGGCGAGCAUGUCACGGACGAGAUGACGAUGGGGACCUUCAACAACAUGAAGCAGUACGUCAUCGGGCAAGACCCGUUCGACAACGAACGCCUGUGGGCCGAGAUGUGGCAGCCCAAGCUGGUGGGCAGGCGCGGCACAUCGACCCGCGCCAUCAGCGGCAUAGACAUCGCCCUCUGGGACAUCAAGGGCAAGGCGACCGACACAUCCGUCCACAAGCUGCUCGGCGCAUAUACAGACCGCAUCCCCGUCUAUAUCGCGGGCGGCUACUACGAAGAGGGCAAGGGGCUGAACGAGCUCGCCGCCGAGAUGGAGACGGCCGUGGAGAUGGGUUCCAACGCCGUGAAGAUGAAGAUUGGCGGCGCGCCGAUCAACGAGGAUGUGGAGCGAAUCAGCACCGUGCGCGAGGCGAUCGGCCCAAACAUCAAGUUGCUGAUGGAUGCCAACUGCGCGUACCGCUACUAUGAGGCGAUUGAGCUGGCGCGCAAGGCGGAGAAGUACGAUGUCUUCUGGUUCGAGGAGCCGGUGAACCCGGACGACUACGAGGACAUCGCCUCAUCAGCCGCUCCACAUCGAUCCCAAUAG